AAUGUUACAGAGUGCUGCUACAUUUUCAGACACAGUGUAAGCCUACGCGUCUCGUUACUACUAGUAAAGAAGUGCGCAUUGGAAACAAACUGCUCGCUGUGACGGUUACUGGACGUAACCGGCAUUUUUAGUUUCUGGUGCAGUCACUAGGACUCUCCCGGUUUUAUAUGGUGACUGCGUUGGGUGGAAUCGGUUUUCUUGUGCAAAAGGUGUUUCCCAUCCUCCCUUGUUGUAUUGGCGGAAGGAUAUUACUCGUGUUGCAGAACCAAAAUAUUGGGAGUUAAGAGGACGGUCUGUCAGAUAUUGAGUUCAGAACAGGAGAAGGCGGCGUGGCCACCGGUGCUUAUCAUUUACGCUAAUCACAUCUAACCCAUUGGAUUUAUUUCGCCUGCUGAAUUAUUAUUAUUAGCACUUAUCGUCGUUUUUGCAACGGGACGGAUGUGUGGUUACGCGAGCUAAUUUAUUUGUGUUGUAUUAUUUAUCGUGUUGGUCACGAGUGGAUUCUCCCAUCUCCAUGGAUGUGUCUGGGUGAGGCACACGCCGGUUAGUUUGUGUGCGUGUGGAUUUUCUUUAAUUAAAGCGACAACGAGACAACUACCGGCAAAGAUACGUGAGGAGCGACUGUCUUCCCAUCGGUGACACCAUAAUUAGACACUAAUUGGAGACUGCGUUUUUUUUACCGAAGGAUUCAUUGAACAUGCUGCUCUCUAAAUUCGGAUCACUGGCUCACAUCUGCAACCCAAGCAACAUGGAGCAUCUGCCGGUGAAAAUCCUUCAGCCAGUGAAAGUGGAGAAGGAGCCAUUCGAGAAGGUAUACCAGGUUGGCUCGGUUCUGGGCAGCGGUGGUUUCGGGACCGUGUAUUCAGGCAGCCGGAUUGCAGAUGGACUGCCGGUCGCUGUGAAGCACGUAGCUAAGGAGAGAGUGACAGACUGGGGCACUCUGAACGGAGUGAUGGUACCUUUGGAGAUCGUGCUCCUGAAGAAGGUGGGCACCGGCUUCCGAGGGGUAAUCAAGCUGCUGGACUGGUACGAGCGAGCCGACGGCUUCCUCAUAGUUAUGGAGAGACCGGAGCCGGUGAAAGAUCUGUUUGAUUACAUAACGGAGAAGGGCGCGCUGGACGAGGACACAGCCCGGGGAUUUUUCCGGCAGGUGUUGGAAGCGGUGCGGCAUUGCUAUAGCUGCGGGGUGGUGCACCGGGACAUUAAGGACGAAAACCUGCUGGUGGAUCUGAGGAACGGGGAACUAAAACUGAUCGAUUUUGGCUCCGGGGCGCUUCUCAAGGACACGGUGUACACGGAUUUUGACGGAACCAGAGUCUAUAGUCCACCAGAAUGGGUCAGAUACCACAGAUAUCAUGGAAGAUCAGCAACCGUUUGGUCUCUGGGCGUGCUUCUGUACGACAUGGUUUGCGGAGAUAUUCCCUUUGAACAAGAUGAAGAGAUUGUCCGCGUCCGCUUAUAUUUCAGAAGAAGGAUCUCUGCAGAGUGCCAGCAACUUAUCAAAUGGUGCCUUUCCCUGAGGCCUUCUGAUAGACCAACACUUGAGCAAAUUUUUGACCAUCCUUGGAUGUGCAAAUGUGACCUUGUGAAAUCUGAAGAUUGUGAUUUAAGACUAAGGACAAUUGACAAUGAUGCAUCAAGCACAAGCUCAAGCAAUGAGAGUCUGUAAAAUUCAAGCAAUAUUGCAUAUAAUGGGAUUAAGCAGAAAACCAGUGCUGCUGCCAAUAUUACAAGGGGGGACUCAACUUUGCUGUUUUGGCUAGAACAUUUUAUACAGAUCUACCUUACCACUUUCACCUUUUCACCCUUUAUUUUUGUUUUGUUUUUUUUUGUUUUUUUACCUUUUUAAAGGCUCCUUCCUUGGAAUGAGAUUUAUUUGGAUAUGCUGGUACUCCAGCACUGUCAGAUUGACCUUAUUUUACAUAAAGAAGAAACAGUGACCUCUUGAUUACAUAGUAUGCUGUUUGCUCUCAUAGAGCCUGGACUAGAUUUUAUUUGCUUUGAGUGCCUUUUUUGAAAGCUGCUUCAGUGGGACUUUUUAUGUCUUUAUCAUUUUGAAAUUUUUUUUUUUUUUUUUUGAGCUGUUUUAUGUCCAAAGAUUAUUUGUAUAAUUUUAGGGGCUUGCCUAACUUUUUAAAUGUUAGAUGGAACAGCUCCUGAUGUUUCAGUUGUUCAUGCUCACUUGAACAACUGGAAGUAAUUACCGCUCUUAUGUGGUGGAAAUCCAUAAACACUAAUAUUUUGACUUUUCUUUCCGACUCUCUAAAAUAACCUUCAUGUGACCUGUACAGAAAUGUGAACAUGAAAACUGUCUACAUUUUCUUUUUUUAUUUAUUUUUAUUUAUUUCUUUUUCUUCUGGUAGUGAUAUAAAAUCUGCAUUUUCAUCUUUACUAUUGGGGGUUUAAGCCCUGUUCAUUCUGUUAGCCUGAGAGUCUUAAAGUAUGUAUGGGCAUGUUUAAAUGCACAAUCAAUGCAAUAUUCAAGGACCUUUUCCAUAUCUGUAUUUAAACUUGUAUUAUACUGUUAUUUAUUGCAAUAUUUAGGCAAGGAUUUUCCUCACUAUUUAUUUUAAUUUAUUUGUCUAGAAUAUUUUCCAGCACUGUGCUUCACCUUUUGUUUCCCCACUCCAUUCAUCCUAAAAGUCCCUAUCACUACUUCCCUUUCCACCCAGAUAAAGGUAACUUUAUUUCUGCAUUCCAUGGCUGUAGUUUUGUUUUUUUGUUUUUUUUUAAGAUGGAAAAAUUGUUGUAAAAAGUCUAAUUUAAGGGAUGACAUUUUUUCCCCAUUUUCCUUUGUCUGGUAUGGUGCCAGGACUGUAACUUUGUUCUGUUUGACAAUGAUUUUAAAUUAUUGGCAUUAUACAGUCUCCAUGCAUUGGCUCUAAGAGGAAGAGUGGCAGAGUCACAAUUAAUUUAUUUUAAUAACUGUUUUUGUGAUCAGGCUGCAUUUAUGCAGUUUGUAUCAUUUUGUUUUUCAAUUUAACAGUAUGAAAUGUAUGGAGAUCAUAUUUUUUUAUACAAGUAUUUCAAUUAAACUUUUUGUAUAUAAAA